AUGGCUUCCAAAAGUAAGAACGAGCAAUCCUCGCAACCACCAUCUCUGAUUACGUCACUUCCCGACGACGUCAUGGUUGACAUCUUAGCGCGUGUACCAAGACAAGACUAUCCAGCUCUCUCCCUCGCUUCCAAGCAGUUCUGGUCACUUAUUAAGUCACAUGAGAUAUACUCAAGAAGAUCUCUGUUGAGGUGCACCGAGACCUGUCUAUAUACUAUACUCAGUAGCCGUAAGGCCCCUAAUGACCGUUUGUAUAUUCUUCGCCAGAACGCCGACGGCAACCGCCACUUGGUCCAUAUCUCUUCGCUUUUGGAUUUGCCUAAAGGUGAAAGCUUUGUUACGGUGGGUUCAGUGAUAUAUGGGUUUGGUGGGAGGGAUGAUAAUGAAACCCUAACUUCAUUGAGGGCGUUCAGGAUCGACUGCAGAUCGCACACGGUGCAACCACUCCCCAACAUGCCUGUAGCCAUGACUGAUACAUGUGCUGACUUUCUUGACGGGAAAGUGUACGUAGUUGGAUACUGCAGUAUGAAGUCAGAGUUGAUGAUGGUUGUGUUUAAUACAAAAACACAAAUGUGGGAGCCUCGGGUGAUAAUACCAGACACUACACCAGAUGAGAAGUGGCAUUAUGGUUAUAUGGCGGUGAUGGCUAAUAAGAUUUACAUGAGAAGGCAUGAUCGUGGUAAAAGCUCUGUUUACGAGCCAAAGGAAAAUAAAUGGGAAAAGGAUGACGUACUUAGUUCUAAGAAGUGGUAUGUUGGUGGUGCGUGCGUCCUUGAUGACGUAUUGUACUACUACCAAAGAUAUAUGAAGUGUUUAUACAGGUAUGAUCCAAAGGAGAGUCGCUGGGAAGAGUUUACAUGUUUGCGUUACUCGCUUUUGGCCGAGCAGAUGAGACGCCCAUGUUGGACAGAGACUGUGCGUUAUGGUCGAAAUCUGGCUUUGUAUUUUCGUACAAAAAAGGAUCCACAGAAGAUUUGGUGUGCAGUGAUUUCGUUUAAAAGAAGUUAUGUAAAUGAUAUGCGGUAUACAGUUGAGUGGUGUGAUCAGGUUUUGACUGGUGGGAAAUUUACCUAUGUGAAAUGUCUAAGUGUUAUGAUUUAA